AUGGGGUCUUUCGCGCACCCCGUCGCGGCUUCGUCGCCAGUCAUAGCAAUCCCUCAGCACGCGCCACCGUCAACCAAGUUCGCCAUCUCUCCUUUUGAACAGGCAGGUGCGCCAAACAUCGCCCCCGCGCCGGCCGAGGGUCGCAGAAUGGCUGGUCGCAAACGAUCCAGGGAUGAGGCAUCGCCGAAUCUCACGGAAGAGGCACCCGAACCAGUCCAAGAGGCGGAGGCAGGCUGGGAAUAUGGCGAGGGCAUGAUGCUCAUCAAGCCGGUCCAGGGCUACAUUGCCGAUGCCAGUAGCCAGUCAGGCACCUGGGUAGAGGAACAGAAGGCACGCGAGCAGGCCGCGGCUGCAACUGUCGUUGCUUCCCAGCGUCCAGAAAUACGAAGCAACAAGUCACAGCGAAUGGACCACCCUGCCACCUCUUCUCCCGGCAUAGUUCCAAUCGUCACCGGUAGCGGAGUCGUGGUCGUGGACAAAGCUUCGGGACGGCAAAUUGAUCUCGCUGCGCCUGCGACGACUUCGGCGACCGAGAAUGCUUCACAUCCAGUUGUGGACGACUUUACACUGCACCUCGGCAUCGGCUGGCGCAAGAUCAGUCAAGACGAGCACAUACAAGCAGCAGCUCGAGGAUGGUCCCGCUACAUCGAGAAUCACUACCCGUUGUCCGCGGUCACACUUCGAUUGGAGAGCCGAGGCCUACAAGCCUAUUUGGUGGAGGCAACGGAGGGCUUCUUUCUUUUCGCUGAGGACUUGCGACAGGGCCAACUCGUAAGCACGAGGGCGGACGUGGCGCUACAGAACCUCAAGUGCUCGCCGCCUGUGUUUGAGGGCACCGAGGUCCUGACAGCCGCCGAAUCCCCCGGCGCUACGGCCCCAACCGACGCCGCGCCAGCCUUCAGGAUGGGGUUGCAGACGGACACAGAGAUGAACUGA